CCAAAGAGGAAGGAACUCUCUGCCCUGGGAGAGAGGGGAAACCUGAUACAGGAGCUGCAUCCAACAUUGCUGAGAGUUAAAGGGUCUUUGUAUUCUGCUUAAGUUUUCUGGAUGUCAGUUGAAGGAAAGGUGCAAAACAGCCUAUGAUCACAACCCAUAACAAAUUUGGCUCCCAAGGCUUUCUGCUACCAAGAGAUCUCUCUGGAUCACUGUGGAAAUGAAUGAAGAACAGCAGCAUGAUGCAGAUGCUGGGUCUGCUGUGGAAGAAGCAGAAUUCAGUUGGGAUGAGUAUCUAGAAGAAACAGGAGCAACUGCAGCCCCCCAUGGAUCCUUUAAACAUGUAGAUACUAGCUUGCAGAAUGGUUUUGCCCCAGGCAUGAAGCUAGAGGUUGCUGUCAAGUCUGACCAAAACACAUACUGGGUAGCCACCAUUGUUACAACCUGUGGACAGUUGCUCCUGUUACGUUAUGAUGGGUAUGGUGAAGACCGUAAGGCUGACUUCUGGUGUGAUGUUAUGACAGCUGACUUGCACCCAGUUGGGUGGUGUGAACAGAACAAAAAGAUUCUCAAAGUGCCUGAAGGUAUCAAGGAAAAGAUACCUGACCAGGAGAAGUUCCUUCAGCUGACGCUGAAAGGAUCAUGCAGUGCUCCUGCAAACCUGCUAGAGGGGCUUCACAGAGGAAAAAAUCCCUUGGAUCUCAUUGCACCAGGCUCCAGACUAGAAUUGCAAAACUCCCAGGAUUUCUUGGAUGCCUGGAUUGUCAAUGUGGUGGAAAAUGUUGGUGGAAGGCUCAAGUUACGUUAUGAAGGAUUGGGGGAUUCUGAUAGAUUUGAUAAGUGGAUGUUCUAUUUGGAUCCAUUCCUUCAUCAAGUGGGUUGGGCAGCUCAACAGGGAUAUAGCCUUCAACCUCCAUUAGCACAUCUUCAUUGGAGCCAAGAUAUUUGGGUUUCCAGGUCUACUACAUUGCCUAGAGCUCCAUUUAAAGGGACAGCUAUCAGGUCCCUGAAGAGUGAAGCAGAAUGGCAAGAGAUCCUAAAGAAGGUGAAAGAAGAAGAGGAGGAAGAGUCUUCAGUUCCCACUGAUCUUUUUAAGGAAAAACCUUUGAUCAGAGUGCAUUCAUUUUCUGAAAAUAUGAAGUUGGAGGCUGUCAAUCCAGGGACUCCUUUCGUCAUCUCUCCUGCUACAGUGAUUAAGGUAUUCAAUGAAAAAUAUUUCUUGGUAGAAAUUGAUGACUUGCGACCCGAAUGCCCAACUACCCAGUCCUAUGUUUGCCAUGUCAACAGUGCUGGUAUUUUCCCUGUUCAGUGGAGUCUGAAAAAUGGAUUGCAUCUCAGCCCCCCGCCAGGUUAUUCCAGGCAGGACUUUGAUUGGGCGGACUACCUCAAACAGUGUGGUGCUGAGGCUGCUCCCCAGAGCUGUUUUCCUUUGCUCACUUCUGACCAUGGAUUUAAAGAGAGCAUGAAGCUUGAAGCUGUGAACCCUGUUGAUACUGAGGAAAUUUGCAUUGCUACAGUUACCAAGGUGAAAGGUUCCUAUCUCUGGCUUCAGCUAGAAGGCUCCAAAACGGCAGUCCCUGAAUGCAUAGUGAGUGUGGAAUCUAUGAAUAUAUUUCCUAUGGGUUGGUGCGAGACCAAUGGAUACCAGCUCAGACCUCCUCGAAGAGCAAUAGUAAAUAAACAGAAGAAAAUUGCAGUUGUUCAGCCAGAAAAACAAAUUCUAUCUUCAAAGGCAGUCCAUGAAGGACUGAAGAAUCAGGAACUGAACUCUGCUGACUCAGUGAUAAUUAAUGGAAAGUACUGCUGCCCAAAGAUCUACUUCAAUCACCGGUGCUUCUCAGGGCCUUACCUCAACAAAGGAAGAAUUGCAGAGCUUCCUCAGUCUGUAGGACCUGGAAACUGUGUUCUUGUUCUUAAAGAGGUUCUCACUUUAUUGAUCAAUGCAGCCUACAAACCCAGCCGUGUCCUUCGAGAGCUCCAGCUGGAUGAAGAAGCUGCAUGGCUUGGGCAUGGAGAGACUCUGAAGGCAAAAUACAAAGGGAAGAGUUACCGUGCCAUUGUGGAGGUUGUGAGAACAGCAGAUCGGGUGGCAGAUUUCUGCAGGAAAACUUGCAUCAAACUGGAGUGCUGUCCAAACCUCUUCGGCCCCCAGAUGGUGCUAGAUAAGUGUUCAGAGAACUGCUCAGUCCUGACAAAGACUAAAUACACACACUAUUAUGGGAAAAGGAGAAACAAAAGGAUUGGCAGACCACCAGGUGUUCACAGUAAUCUGGAAGCAGACAUGAAGAAACCAAAUAAGAGGAGGAAGAGACGAAAACACUUUGUUCAUAAGAAAAAACGUUCUUCUACCUCAGUGGAUAACAGUCCAGCUGGAUCUCCCCAGGGCAGUGCAGGAGAGGAAGAUGAUGACCAGGAUGAGGUAGAUGAAGAGUCCUUGAGUGAGGAUAGCACCUCUGAGCAGCAAGAUGAACUGCUUGAAGAAUCGGAAGCGUCUGAGAAAAAAUCUGUGUCCUCCUCUCCCACUCAGAGUGAACUGUCCCACUCUCUGGCUCAAGAUCAAGACAAACAGAAAAGGAGGCUCCGAACCUUUUCCUUCUCUGAUGAUGAAAAUAAACCCCCUUCACCAAAUGAAAUAAAGACUGAAGUUGCAGAAAAGCUGCAGCUGGACAGUAAUCCUCUGGAAUGGAGUGUGGCUGAUGUCGUGCGAUUCCUCAAAUCUACAGAUUGUGCCCCAUUAGCCAGAAUUUUCCUGGAUCAGGAAAUAGAUGGUCAAGCACUCCUUCUGCUCACCUUGCCCACUGUUCAGGAGUGCAUGGACCUGAAACUUGGGCCAGCCAUUAAACUUUGUCAUCAUAUUGAAAGAGUUAAAUUUGCCUUUUAUCAGCAGUUUGCUAACUGAGGGGCAACCAAGUCACAGUGGAAAUUAGCACAACUCAAGCAACAUACUCUUUCCUUUCUGGCAGAGAAAGCCAAAAGGGGUUAAACUGAGAUGCCAGUUCUGGUGACCUACAAACUUCUGUCAGCCACAGUUUUGUGCUUUUGAAGGAAAGAAGAGCCCACCUGGAACAAAAGGCCAGUGCAAACUGAGCUUCCUGCUUGGGAGCAUGAUCAUUCCCGCCUGCCUCCCUCCAGCCUGUUAGUUCUUUUUUAACUUUUUAAAGUAAUUUUUAAAUGUGGUUACAGAAAAGUUUCCAAUGGCGAGGAACAUUUCAAGAGUUCUGAUGAUGCAGAAUUGAAAAAGAAGAAGUUGAAGUUGUGUUGAAACUGCAGGCUACUGGUAGACAUCUUUUUUUUUAUUUCUGACUAUUCACAGAAGAAUGCCUUCUCCAUUUCCUGUCUGGGAAGAACGAAAGAACAUUUUCUCUAUUGUAGCACUGAUUUUGGAAUGUCCUCUUUGCACAUCAGUACUUCUAAUGCCUUUUUUAAAAACUAAAAUAGCUCAUUAUCAGGACAGUGAUGUCGCCACAUGGUUCUAAAUGCACAGGAUUGCAAGUGUGUGUGUGUGUGUGUGUGUGUGUGUGUGUGUGUGUGUUCUCCCUACCUCUGUAGCUUAAGUGGUGAUUUGGAAUAGGGAGAGAGUGAUUCUUUGGGAAAUUCAUUGACAGCUGCAGUUCUAUAGACCUUAAAAGGGCAAAACAAUAUCAGCACAGAGUUCUGAUCUCCCAGGUAAGCUCUGUUCUAAAGCCUUGGCAAAGAACUGUGUAGACUUAUUUGGCAUUUCAGGAGCAUCAUCUUUUUUGUAAAAAGAGGUUGGAAAAUGCAGUGUGUUAAUACUUUUUCUCUGGUGGACAGGCCAUAGGACAGAAGAUGGAAGAGGAAGAUGCUGCUUUAUCUCCAUUUCCUGUACCUUGACUGUUGGAUAAAAUCGUUGAUCCUCCCUUUUUAAAAUAUGGGUGAAAUCUCUCUUCUCUCUUUCUAUGCAUAUCAAGCAGCUAUAGAAUCAUCUGGAAGGCUGCUGUUUUCCUGUCCCCACUUCAUGAAUGACAGGGCUGUACAUAUAAAAGUGGAAACUGCAAUUUAUAGUUCAGCCCCACCAGCAUUAGCCGUAGUAAAAGCCGUAGUGGGAACACACCUCAGGUAAACUUUAAUAUUAAAUUAGUGCACCAUAGUUGAGCAUGGGCAGGAGGCAUUUUUCUCAUGUCUACACCAGUUUCCACUAAUGGAACUACACUACUGGAGAACUGCUGAUUAUAAUUUCUUAGUGUAAAUCAGUCCUGAAUAGAAUCCAGAUUGUCACAAUACAGAAUCCUGCUUAACCCUUUGCCAACGAGCCAAGCUAACCUCACUGUCUGUUUCAAAUUUGGUGUAGUUAUUUUAAGCCUUGAACCCACUUGGGUUUCAGAUUCUAUGCAUUGAUCAACCUCUGUUUGAGUUUACACAUGCAUUUGAAGAACUGUGGCUGAGGCUUUAUAUACAGCUCGGAAACCAGAACACAUCACCCCCAUUCUUUCCUGUCCUCAAAUGAAUGUAUGUAUAAGGCCCCCAACAUACAAAAGACAUUUUAAGUAAGAUGAUAGUACUUAGCUUCCUGCCGGUGUGUGCUUGAGGAAGUGGUGCUGGAAAAACAUUUCCUGGCUUCCAACUGUGCGGGCCGCCUCCCGAUCCCAUCCAUGUC